AUGGCAAGACGGCUUAGGUUUUUGUAUGUUGUCCCCCGUCGUAUUACAGAUUGCGUCCUCCACGUUAACCCACACAUGGGCACUUGGAAUUCUUUGGGACAGCAGCUUUCCGAGACCAAAAUCCUCGAUGCGGUUCAAGAGCUUGCUAGAAACAAGAUACAAGUAACGAAUCUCAUUAUUGACGACAGCUGGCAGUCUCUGGACCUUGCGGGAAGUGAUCGAUCACAGCUCGGAUGGACAGAAUUUGAAGCUGACCGCAAGGCCUUUCCAAGCGGUCUCAGAAACGUGGUAGCACAGAUUCGGAACUUGCACCCAGGAAUUGAGAACGUUAUAGUAUGGCAUGCCUUACUGGGAUACUGGGGCGGCAUCUCACCCAAUGGGCAUAUUGCGAAGACUUACGACACAAUCAAGGUAGCCCAAGAGGGCGAAGACGGCGCUUCAUUGACGGUUGUGGACAAAGCGGACGUGUCGCGACUAUACAACGACUUUUACAGAUUCUUGGCUGAGUCUGGAAUUGAUGGCGUCAAAGCUGACGCACAAGUCAUGGUUGACGGGCUGAGAGACGCCCCGGAUCGUCGAGAUUUGAUAUCCACCUAUCUCGAUGUCUGGUCGCAGGCCUCAGAGCGGUAUUUUGGUGCCAAGGCCAUAUCGUGCAUGUCCCAAUUCCCAUACUCUCUUUUCUGUCAUUUGCACCGAACUCGAUCCGUGUUCUUCGUCAGAAAUUCGGAUGACUUCUUCCCAGACAUUCCACAAUCAUAUUCGUGGCACGUCUGGGCCAACGCACACAAUGUCAUCCUCACUCAGUUCCUCAACGCGAUUCCGGAUUGGGACAUGUUCCAGUCUGCGCACAAUUACUCAGAAUUCCAUGCCGCGGCGCGAUGCAUAAGCGGUGGUCCCAUUUACAUCACGGAUACUCCAGGCGUUCACAACAUGCACCUUAUCAAGCAAAUGACUGCCACUACGCCGAUUGGUCAGACAGUUAUUCUUAGACCAAGUGUUCUGGGCAAAUCAAUAUACGCUUAUGCCGGAUAUGAGGACGACUUGCUCCUGAAAAUUGGCAGCUACAAUGGGGCGGCACAGACGGGCACUGGUAUUCUUGGCGUUUUCAACGUUUCUAGAGGGCAUCUCACCGAAGUCUUGCCUCUGGCAUUCUUUCGUGGAGUAUUCCAAGGCGGAAAAUACGCCGUUAGAGCACAUACAACGGGCCAAACUUCGGCGCCCAUGUCACUCGGAGCUGCAGAAUCUGUCAUUGCCGUGUCGAUUGACGAGACUGCGUAUGAAAUACUUUGGGCUUGCCCAGUGACGCCCUUUACAAGUGAUCGAUGUGACCAUGGGUACGCUGGCGUCCUGGGAUUGGUUGGUAAGAUGACUGGAUGUGCUGCGGUUACGUUCCGCUCUGUAGUUCAGCGGGAUUCUGGCAGAGUCGUCGUGACUUGCAACAUUAAAGCAGUGGGUACUCUUGGCCUGUACAUUUCCACGCUUCCUUAUUUGAACAUUGAAGACGACUUCAUGGUGGCAGUUGAGGACCAGCCUGUUCCGUUGGACACGGUGAGGAGAAGCAGAGACGAUAAGCGCGUCUUUGAAAUCGAUGUUGAAAAAGCUUGGAAGGAGAUGGCAGUGAGCACGAUGCAGCGAGGGAAAGUACAAAUAAAAGCGAGUUUCCAGCCUUGA